UAUGAGUGCGACGUGUGUGGCAAGGCCUGGCGGUACCCGAGCGAGCUGGAGAUCCACCGGCGGAUGCACACGGGAGAACGCCCCUUCGACUGCUCCACCUGCGGCAAGAGCUUCACCAGCUACGCCAACCUGCAGCAGCGCAACCGGGUGCACACUGGAGAACGCCCCUUCAACUGCUCUGACUGCGGCAAGAGCUUCAAGACAGCGCCAAACCUGACGAAACACCGGUGGUUACACACGGGCGAGAAGCCCUAUGGCUGCUCCACCUGCGGCAAGAGCUUUGCCAGCUACGACAACCUGCAACAGCACAACCGCAUGCACUCUGGUGAGAGGCCCUUCACCUGCUCCACCUGGGGCAAGAGCCUUGCCAGCUACGACAACCUGCAACAGCACAACCGCGUGCACACGGGAGAAAGCCCCUUCAUCUGCUCCACCUGCGGCAAGAGCUUUGCCAGCUACGACAACCUGCAACAGCACAACCGCAUGCACUCUGGUGAGAGGCCCUUCACCUGCUCCGAAUGCGGCAAGAGCUUCACCAGCUACGCCAGCCUACAGCAGCACAACCACUUGCACUCGGGAGAACGCCCCUUCGACUGCUCCGACUGCGGCAAGAGCUUUGCCUGGAUGUCGGGGCUACGGCAUCACCGGCGGGUGCACAGCAGUGAGCGGCCCUUCACCUGCUCCGACUGUGGCAUAGGCUUCAAAUCGUCGCCAGAGCUGAAGAGGCACAGGCUCGUGCACACCGGGGAGCGCCCCUACACCUGCGCCCAGUGCGGCAAGGGCUUCACCCAUUCCAGCAACCUGCUGUCCCACCAGCGCACGCACACCGGCGAGCGCCCCUACACCUGCGGCCAGUGCGGCAAGGGCUUCACCUGCUCCAGCAACCUGCUGUCCCACCAGCGCACCCACACCGUCGAGCGCCCCUUCACCUGCGCCAAGAGCGGCAAGGGCUACACCCAUUCCAGCACCCUGCUGGUGCACCAGCGCACCCACACUGGCGAGCGCCCCUACACCUGCGCCCAGUGCGGCAAGGGCUUCAUCCGCUCCUCCAAGCUGCUGGAGCACCAGCGA